CUUUCUCUUACUGUCACCUAUUACAGCACGGCCUGCACGAACCCCCCUUACCCCCAAACCUAGCUCUGUACCUUGCGUGCUUGCUUGAGCUGCUACCCCUUCCUACCUACCUACCUGAAGUAUCAGCCUAUUACUUGUCAACCCUGGCCCCUCUUGCCGCAUUGCUGAGCUGAGAGACGGUGAGACCGCACUGCAUCGGCCACUAUCCAUCCCACGCCGCCGCCCUUGUCUCUCCCAUACAAUCCGGGGCCUCGUGACACUCAAUUCUCACACAACAAAUUUCCCCCCAUUGCUCACCGAGCCAACGACGCCGCCACGACUCAGACGCAGCACGACUUUCUCUUUACCUUGUUCUGUUUUCGACACCCUUUCCAAUCCGGCUUUGAUCAGACUAGCAGUCAUCGCAUCUACUCGCACCUAUAUCGACCAUCCUCGCUCGUCCCGCCAGAGUCAAUUCUCAAUCGCAGCAUCCCAUCCCGUGUUUGUCACCAAACAAUCGCCCUCCCCGACCCCGCCGAGGCUGUUCGACCAUGACAUCCCCGACGAGCCAACGCCGUCCCCGCGGCUCCAGCGAGGACCACGGCGCCGGUGUUUUCGACGAUGCCAAAACCUACUACACCUCGGAGGAGCGCCACGUCAACCGCGCUGGCCCUCGAACCCGGACCUACUCGCAGAACAGCUUAUUCCAGCAGUUUGAGCGCAUGGGGCUUCGCGAACCCUUCCGUCGAGGCAGUCACGACGAAUCCACGAUCCCUCACAACCGAAAGUUUCUCAUCCAGGUAGACGAGACGCUGAAGAGUUUGCAGGCCCAGGAGGAUACCGACGGGAACAUGCAGAUUACCAUUGAGGACAAUGGCCCCAAGGUGUGGUCGUUGAGGACCGCCGCGUCCGCGGGCCACAACCGUUUCGACGUCCGAGGCACCUACAUGCUCUCCAACCUGUUGCAGGAGCUCUCGCUGGCCAAGGAAUACGGCCGCAAGCAGAUCAUCCUUGACGAGGGUCGGUUGAACGAGAACCCCGUCAACCGAUUGUCGAGACUUAUUCGUGAUCACUUCUGGGAGGGAUUGACGAGAAGAAUCGAUGCCUCGUCCGUCGAGAUUGCGGCCAAGGACCCCAAGGACUGGACCGAUGACCCUCGCCCUCGCAUUUACGUUCCCGCCGGGGCCCCCGAGCAGCUAGAGUUCUACACCAAGGUUGCCAAGGACAGGCCGGAGAUUCGCUUGGACGUCCAGAAGCUCCCCGAGGUUAUCACUCCCGAGCUGGUUCGCGACAUGAAUGCCAAGCCGGGCCUCCUCGCCGUCGAGAUGGAGAAGAUCAAGGACCCCAAGACGGGCGAGGAAACACUGAGGGGCCUCCCCUUUGUCGUGCCCGGGGGUCGCUUCAACGAAUUGUACGGCUGGGACAGCUACAUGGAGUCUCUGGGACUUCUUGUUAACGACAAGGUCCAUCUCGCCAAGUCCAUGGUGCAGAACUUCUGCUUCUGCAUUCGACACUAUGGCAAGAUCCUGAACGCCACCCGCUCCUACUAUCUGUGCCGUUCUCAGCCGCCGUUCCUCACGGACAUGGCCCUCCGCGUCUACGAAAAGAUCAAGCAUGAGCCUGACGCCAAGGAGUUCCUCCGAACAUCCAUGCUCGCUGCCAUCAAGGAGUACCACAGCGUCUGGGUCGCCGAACCUCGCCUGGACCCUGUGACGGGCCUCUCGAGAUACCGGCCUGAAGGGCUGGGAGUCCCACCCGAAACCGAGGCGGGCCACUUUGUCCACGUUCUCGAGCCCUACGCAGAGAAGCAUGGCAUAAGCUGGCAGGAGUUUGUGCAGGCCUACAACAGUGGUAAGAUCAAGGAGCCCGAGUUGGAUGAGUACUUUUUGCACGACCGAGCCGUGCGCGAGUCAGGCCACGACACAUCAUACCGGCUCGAAAAGGUCUGCGCCAACCUGGCCACCAUCGACCUGAACUCGCUCCUGUUCAAGUACGAGACAGACAUUGCGCGCACGAUCCGCAACGUGUUCAAUGACAAGUUGGUGAUCCCGGCCGAGUUUGCUGUCGGACCGCUCAAGGCCGGCGAGGUGGUGACGUCGGCCAUCUGGGACCGCCGGGCAAAGCGCAGAAAGCUGGCCAUUGACAAGUACCUCUGGAACGAGGAAGAGGGCAUGUACUUCGACUACAACACGGUCGAGAAGGAGCAGUGCACGUAUGAAAGCUGCACAACCUUUUGGGCCUUGUGGGCGGGUGUGGCGUCGCCCAAGCAAGCGGCGACGAUGGUGCAAAAGGCCCUGCCCAAGUUCGAGGCCGUCGGCGGUCUCUUGUCAGGCACAGAAGAAUCUCGCGGCGUGGUGGGUCUGGAGAGGCCCAACCGUCAAUGGGACUACCCUUACGGCUGGGCACCGCAGCAGAUGCUCGCGUGGACGGGACUGGUACGGUACAGCUUCACCGACGAGGCCGAGCGUCUGGCGUACAAAUGGCUGUUCAUGAUCACCAAGGCGUUUGUCGACUUCAACGGGGUAGUGGUGGAGAAGUACGACGUGACGCGCCCGAUUGACCCCCACAGGGUCGAUGCCGAGUACGGCAAUCAGGGCCUCGACUUCAAGGGCGUGGCCAAGGAAGGAUUCGGAUGGGUGAAUGCCAGCUACGUCUACGGCCUGCAAAUCGUCAACGCGCACAUGCGGCGUGCUCUGGGUACACUCACACCGUACAAUACCUUCCACGAUGCGAUCGAGCAGAACAACGAGAAGCAUCUGGCUGAGCUUUCCUGAGCGCGUGUCGAUGUGGAUAGAGGUCGUAGUGGUUGGUGGUAGUGCAAAGUGGAUGCUUUGAGCGCGGUCGCACAGUACCAACCAAUGCUCAUCCAAGUGGGAUGUUUGUGAGCAUACAGGUUGCUUUGCCUCAGACCAAGUGUCGUAUUCUUUUUGUGCGUUGUUGCCGCGGCAUGUCGGGUAUUGGAGGUUGGGAAAGGAGUUGGCAAGGGGACCGAAGUUGAAUGUUGUUGUAUGCAUGGUAUUUGGGCUUGAUUGAUUGUAUGAAGGCACGGCUGUCUGUUAAGAAUGUUCAAAAGAGGUUAGAGUGGCUGCGAAGCCAGACCAAGACAGACACGCACCCAAUGCGAUGAAU